AUGAGUGCGUCAGGUGCAACUGCAUCAGAAGGGGAGAGCCCGCCUCGAGGUGCACGAACCGUUUCAUUUCAUCCGGAGUCGACCUUUAAUGAGCAGCACAAUGCCGCGUCGCAGCGAUUCUCUCACACGAGUGAGCCAGGCUGGGAAUCUCGAGAAAGCAACUCGGGAUAUGCAGCUCAGGACGACGGGGACACUGCCAACGAAGGUAUCCGAAGAAGCUACUACAAACGCCUUUACAGAUUUUACAAGAAGUACAAUCCUCAAAAACUGUGCAAUGUGGAGAAGCUGCUACGCGAGUGUGGCGGUGAGGAAGAGCAGCUUUUUGCGAUCUUGGUGGGAAAAUAUGGUCCAGAGCCGGAGGAAGGGAGUUCCAUGCUGAGUGGUGAUUCGGUGUUCUCCAGCGCCAGUGAUUCUGUUAUGCACUACUCGGGAAAGCGUUGCCAGUUUCCCAAAAAAGUGAAACCAGAGGAGGGAAACACCGACUGUGAAACACCGUACUGGGCAGGAGCUUCCUCGCUGAUAGGUGACCGUGAUUUGCUUGCCCUUCUACAGAAUUUGGAGACGCCGAACGUUGAGCUGCAGAGGUGUUACAUGGGUGUUUUUGCCGAGCACCCAACGGACUGCUGGAACGGAAUGGCAUACAUUACACGAGCGGAAGGUAUCGCCCCCGCUAAUACUACGUUUCUCGGACACACUUGGAUCGGGACGCUUGGCAGUGGUAAAGUCCUCUUUCACGAGGGCAAUAAGUUUCAUCGCACGACACUUUACUGUACUGAGGUGUGUCAGAAGAGGGGCGAUCAUGAACGAUGGAGGCUCUCUGUCUACCGUGGCGAACUGAAUUACUUGAUUCUGCUGCGCACGGUGUGGGACCCUGUGGUUGUGCCCGAGCCCCUGCCCUUGAACCGAUCAAAUCUGUCGGAGUGCGAAGUGCACUCCUCUUUGGACGGAUUCCCCACGCGACUUUCUAGCAUGAGCUCGGCCGAUUCCGGUGGCAGUAGCAGUCGACAGCCGAUUCAGCCACCGCAACCACAGCAGCAUUCCCUGACUCUUGCCCUUGUUCAAUUUACAAAACUUCUUGAGGAGUUAGAAUCACGUAUUAUAGAGCGCCUCGAGGGUCUGGAAAGACGAAUGUCUCGCCUCGAAAAUAUGUGA